AUGCUGUCUGUAGCUAGUCUUUUAGGUUCACUUCUGAGCAGGUCCAGUGGUGGACCAACAGCCAAAAUUGGAAGUUUCCAAUGGGUUCACACAAGUUACAACAAACCAGGCCUAUUACUGGAGAUGGUGCAGUCAGUGAUUCCCCCACUCACAUUUAAUACUCACAAAGGUUUGGCAGGGAGGAUAGCUGUUAUUGGAGGGUCAAAAGAGUACACAGGAGCUCCAUACUUUGCUGCAAUAUCUGCUUUAAAAGUGGGAGCUGAUUUGUCUCAUGUUUUCUGCACUGAAGGAGCAUCCACAGUUAUCAAAAGUUACAGUCCAGAAUUGAUUGUUCAUCCAAUAUUAGAAUCAAAAUUUGCUGUUCAUGAGACCAGUGAAUGGUUAGAGAGAAUGCAUGCUGUUGUACUGGGACCAGGUCUGGGCAGGGAUCCAGUUGUCUGUUUAGAUACAGCUAAGAAUAUAUUAGAAGAAGUAAAGAAGAAAAACCUACCUCUUGUUGUAGAUGCUGAUGGACUUUUCCUUAUAACAGAACAUCCAGACUUAAUCAAAUCCUAUGGAAAGGCAAUACUUACACCAAAUAUAGUAGAAUUUGGAAGACUUUAUGAAAAAAUGAUGGGAGAGAAGCCUAAACCAGAAGAACCAGUACUAGCUGUAAAAGUUCUGUCCAGAGCCCUGGGCAAUGUUACCAUAGUGAAGAAAGGUCCAAAUGACAUCAUUUCUGAUGGAGAAAAUGGUAGGUUAAAGGUCAAAUGUUACCAUAGUGGCAAAAGGUCAUUAUGA